AACAAAGCUCGUACAGCUGGGCCCACGCGUCAGAGGGAGCGCACACGGCGUCACCUAGGAAAACCAGCCGUCUCCCGCCUUGGCUUUUCUCUCCUCCCCCUUCUCUCGCCGGCGGCCUAUAGACCGGCAUCGAUGGCGGCGGCCGCGCGUCUCCGCCUCUUCGCCUCAAGUCACCUAUCCCCGAGGCUGUCCAGGACAGCGCCGUGGUACGGGAGAGGUACCCGAGCUCUGUGCACGCUAUCCUCGACGCUCGGGUCCGGUGCCGGCGAGGACGAGAUCGAACGCAUCCGCCACGAGUUCGAGGACGCCAAGCGCAACUACCUAAGCAUCCCCGCCGCCAUCAAGAACAUGCCCAAGAUGAACCCGCAAGGCAUUUACGUGAACAAGAACGUCAAACUGGAUGACCUGCAAGUCUAUGGAUUCGACUAUGACUACACGCUGUCACACUACUCCGACCAUCUGCAGUGCUUGAUCUACGACCUAGCCAAGAAGCACUUGGUCAAUGAGUUGAAGUAUCCAGAGAGUUGCUUGCAGUACGAGUAUGACUGCAAUUUUCCCGUCAGGGGCCUUUACUAUGACAAACUAAAAGGGUGCCUUCUGAAGCUUGACUUCUUUGGUUCUAUUGAACCCGAUGGUUGCUUCUUUGGGCGUCGAAAGCUAAGUUUGACCGAGAUAAAAGAACUAUAUGGCACAAGACAUAUUGGAAGAGAUCAAGCUCGUCAGCUUGUUGGGCUGAUGGAUGUCUUCUGCUUUAGUGAGGCAUGCCUCAUUGCUGAUAUUGUUCAGCACUUUGUAGAUGCCAAGCUGGAAUUUGAUGCCCCUUAUGUAUAUGAGGAUGUGAACGAAUCGAUUCAGCAUGUACACAGAAGUGGUCUAGUUCAUAGAAAAGUUCUUUCCGAGCCACAGAAGUUUCUGAUAAAAAAUAGCCAGGUGUUCCGUUUCUUAAAGACGCUUCGAGAGAAGGGGAAAAGGCUGUUUCUUCUAACCAAUUCACCUUUCUACUUUGUGGAUGGAGGGAUGAGUUAUUUGCUAGAGGAUCAGCAUUUUGAUGGGAAUUCCUGGAGGGAGCUUUUUGAUGUUGUGAUUGCGCAGGCAAAUAAACCGUCUUUCUAUAAUUCAGACCACCCAUUCAGGGUGUAUGACACUACAAAGGAUACCUUGGCUUUUACUGCAGUUGACAAGUUUCUGCCAAAUGAAGUCUAUUACCAUGGCUGUUUAAAAUCAUUUCUCCAAAUUACAAAGUGGAGAGGCCCGGAGGUGAUAUACUUUGGUGAUCAUCUUUUGAGCGACUUGAGAGGGCCUUCCAAAGCUGGUUGGCGAACAGCUGCUGUAAUUCGCGAACUUGAGGAUGAAAUUGGAAUCCAGAACAGUGACAACUACCGGUUCCAACAGGCAAAAUUAAGUAUAAUACAUGAUCUACUCGGGAAAGUUCAUGCAACUGUGGUUAGCACCGAGAAAGGCCAAGUUUACAGAGCAUUGCUGGAUGAGUUGAAUGCAGAAAGGCGUCAAUGUCGAUCCGGGAUGCGAGAUCUGUUUAGUAGCUCUUUUGGUGCAACAUUUCUUACAGACACUGGAAAGGAAUCAUCGUUUGCCUAUCACAUUCAUCAAUAUGCAGAUAUUUACACCAGCAAGCUCGAUAACUUCUUGUCACAUGCCCCUGAAUCAUGGCUUCAUCCACCUCACGACAUAAAGAUCAUGCCACAUAAUGCGAAGGUCCCAGCGAGUUUGUUCACUAGCUCAUAGCUACUGAAUUCUUGUGGAUAACUAUGUGGUGAUAGUGUAAUACUGGCCUUCAUGGUUUCUGUGUGUGACUGCCAGUCUGCCACUGCAUUCAGUUAGAAUAUAACAAACCCAAGAAAGUAUGGAUUCAACCAAAUAGAUCAGGUAGCAAGUCAGCAAGAGGUGCCUAUUCUUGUGACUGAACUCUGAAGGAAGAAUCGUUGUCCAUAUGAGUAGGGGAUUCUUUUGUAUAUCGCUGUAUGAUGAGCUUUUACUCAAAGGCUGCUGCAGUUUGUUUCUACUAUGCGCGUGUUCCAAAUACACUCAGAAAACAUUAAAACCAUAGGUAAUGGUUUUCAAGAGAAGUGUUGGUGAUUAUUCAUCUCGUUUCUCCUUUAUAUGUAAAAUAUUCACCUACACUGCCAUCCGGUGAUCUUUGCCAAUAAUGAUCUACCAAGUUAAGCAGUA